AUUCUAUUGGGAUCUCUUAAUGCUCACCCUCCUGAUUGCCAACCUCAUUAUCCUUCCUGUUGCAAUCUCGUUUUUUUAUGAUGACCUUCGAGCUCACUGGAUCGUUUUCAACUCUGUCUCUGAUGCCGUUUUCAUAGCAGACAUCGCCGUUAAAUUUCGUACAGGUAUAAUUACCAACGACUACGCAGACGAAAUUAUCCUUGAUCCCAAGGAGAUCGCUCGUCAAUAUGUUCGCUCCUGGUUUUUGCUGGAUCUCAUCAGCUCAAUUCCCAUGGAUUACAUAUUUUGGGUGCUCAACAAGCAUGAAAAUUACAACCAAAUCCUUACUGCAGGACGUACGUUGCGCAUACUACGGUUGGCCAAGUUACUCAGCAUGCUUCGACUUCUUCGGCUCACGAGGCUUGUUCGAUACGUCAGUCAGUGGGAGGAGUUUCUCAACAUUGCAAGUAAAUUUAUGGGCAUCUUCAAUCUCGUUCUACUGAUGCUAUUACUUGGACACUGGAACGCAUGUCUACAAUUCCUUAUCCCACUUCUCAUGGACUACCCAGAGGAUUCGUGGGUCCAACGCUGCAGGCUAAAGGACGCAGACUGGUUUGAGCAGUACACCUGGGCGCUGUUCAAAGCCAUGUCCCAUAUGCUCUCCAUUGGUUAUGGGCGCUUUCCGCCGACCAGCAUCAGCGAGGCCUGGAUCACCAUCGUCAGCAUGAUGACCGGAGCCACCUGCUAUGCCCUCUUCGUGGGUCACGCUGCCGCUCUCAUCCAGUCCUUCGAUACUUCAAAACGCCUCUAUCGCGAAAAAUUCAAGCAAGUUGAGGAGUACAUGGCCUACCGCAAGUUGCCCCGAGCCCUCAGGCAGCGCAUCGCCGACUACUACGAGCACAGGUAUCAGGGAAAAAUGUUCGAUGAAGCACAGAUUCUGCAGGAGCUCUCCGAAUGCCUGAGAGAGCAAAUUAUCAAUUACAACUGCCGAGAACUCGUAGCGGCUGUGCCCUUCUUCACCUACGCUGACCAGGACUUUGUGUCCGAGAUGGUAGCGAACCUGAAAUUUGAAGUCUUUCAACCUGGUGACUUAAUCAUUAAGGAGGGCACAAUCGGCACGAAGAUGUACUUCAUACAGGAGGGUAUUGUCGACAUCAUCACCAAAGAUGGGGAGAUCGCAACCACUCUCUCCGAUGGCUCAUAUUUCGGUGAAAUCUGUCUCUUGACUAACGCAAAACGCGUAGCCAGUGUACGCGCGGAGGUUUAUUCGAACCUUUACUCCCUGGAUCGAGACAGUUUUCUGGCUGUUCUUGACAAUUAUCCUCUCAUGCGUCGCACGAUGGAGUCUGUGGCGGCCGAGCGCCUGAGCAAGAUUGGGCAAAACCCCGCCAUUGUGAGCACACGUGCAGAUCUAAAGGCCGAUCUUAGUCUAGUAAAGGAAAUCGUCAGUUCUGUUGUUGAGUCUGACGAUAACUCAGGCAGUAGUAGCGACGACAGUGAAGGUGGAAGGAAGGAUAGGGAAGAGAGAGCAAUGGACAGAAUUCGCAGGGUAAUUCAAAUAGGGAAAUCUCGAAAGAAAACGUUGGCCUCUGAGGAACAGACAGACGCAACUAUGGUGAUUGAAAGACAUGGCUCUCUUAAUGGAUCAAAGUACCUCACCGUUCCAAAGGGCGAUCCAUCACGGAAACGAUCUCACAAUCGCGUAUUUGGAAUUGGUUCGGGUGUAUCAAAGUUGUUUAAGCGUGGUGGUGUGUUUGGUGAACAUACAGAUAAUGAGAGUGAGGCUUAUUUAUCGUGGGAUAGGGCUCGGCAGCAGAGGUUUACACGGCUUCGUUCGUCGAUCCAGCCUACGAUGGAAUGUACGCCUCUUCAUCGAGAUGAUAAAAAGCACUCCCUAAAUAUUGCGGCACCACACAUCCAUGAAACCUUGCAUUUGCUUGGAACUGAAGAAACCGUCCCCGAAUCCCUCAUCAUUGACCCAGAUCCCACCGACCAUGACACGUCCUCGCCUUCCUCCCUCCCUCUUCCUUGCCGUCCUCCUCCCCCUCCCUCUCCUCCGUUACCACCUCCUUCGAAGCCGCGAUCACCAUCGGCUUCAGAAUCACCUGCAAAAGACCUGUGUGAUUCUCCAACAAAAUGA